AUGAGUGAUCGACAGGAGCUUGGGCCACUGCGGCUCAUUCAACCCUCUUUUGAUUGCACAUGUUAUUCUUCACUUAAACAACUUCUGUUCCCUCAUCCUACCACCAUGAAUGCUGCGGCCCAGGGUGACAGGGCCUCGGCCGAAUCCAACUACCCUAUCGCUAUCGAACACUACACCCGCGCCUUGAGCGAGCUACCCCGCGCUCCGGCAUACUACAUUUCACGAUCGACUGCCUAUUCGCGCCUCAAGCCCGCAGAUGGCGGACCCAACUACCAGGCUGCACUUAAUGAUGCCGAAAUUGCACUCCAACUCGCCAAGGAGCGGGGAAACCGCGAGCUGAUCAUCUCCGCUCAGAUGCGCCGCGCCGUGUCGCUGUACCAGCUUGAGCGGUAUGGAGAUGCAGAAUUUGUGUUUGGAAUCAUCGCGGAAAAGACCAAGAGCGAGAAAGAGCCAGAGAAUAAGUCGGAGCAGGUGCAGGCUGCUAUGGGAGGACCAGGAUCCGGGUGGGGUGGCCCCAGAAACAAUUACAGCGCCCAAAUGCCGAUUUGGACCGCCAAACUUCAACGGAAGCUGGCAGAGCUACCUAAGGAUGAUCCAAAAUGCGCGGUGUCUAUUGCUGAGUUCCAAUCUUCCACCCACGUUCCGACUGCAGACGAGGUGAAGGCUCAGUUGAAGGCUCUCAAGGCUGGCAACAACGUGGGAGUGGCCGGAGCCUCCCAGCAGACUGAACCUCAGCCCUCAGAGGGAUCGACCCUAUCUCCAGCGGAGGCUCUUUUAGCUUCUCGGGUUCAAAACUCAAACACCAGUGCUACGUCUAGCUCGGUUACCCCGGAGAAGGUUCGCCAUGAGUGGUAUCAGUCACGGGACUCUGUGGUUGUGACUCUUUAUGUCAAGGGGAUCCCAAAGGACAGUGUCGCAGUCGAUCUGAAAGAUGAUUCGGUCUCGCUGCAAUUUCCCCUCCCAUCUGGCUCUGUAUACGACUUUACCCUUGACCCACCCUAUGCAUCUAUCAAUCCUGCCGAGUCCAAGGUCUCAGUCAAGAGCACAAAGAUUGAACUCACUCUGCAAAAGCUGACAGCCGGUCAGAAUUGGAGUGCCCUCGAAGGUUCACUCACCGACCCUCCAGCCAUACAGAAGGCGCCAGCUACCGCGGGCCCUUCAUAUCCCACCUCGUCACGACACGGCACCAAGGAUUGGGACAAGGUCGCAUCCUCGCUCACUGAGAAGAAAGAAAAGGGAAAGUCAGGGGAUGAUGGAUAUGUAUCGGAUGACGAGGGUGGUGAUGCUGUUGACGGGUUCUUCAAGAAGCUGUAUGCCGGUGCUGACCCAGAGACGCGCCGAGCUAUGAUCAAAAGCUACACCGAAAGUCAGGGGACAACGCUGAGCACGAACUGGUCUGAGGUUGCGAAGGGGAAGGUGGAAGCUCGCCCUGAAUGA